AGUUGUUGGAUGUUUUAAAUAGAUGAAAUUCUGAAAGUUAAAUAAAAAUGUGGAAGUUAUUGGAAAGAGGAAGUUCACCUGUAGAUUGGUGCGAGGAGAAUUAUAAUGUGUCGUCGAUGAUUGCCGAAUUCGUGAACACCUUCAGCAACAUCCUCUUCGUGGCUAUACCGGCCACGGAGAUGAGAUUGCUUCGGAGUUGCGGAAACAAACAAAAGUUGGGUUUCUUCGGUAUUUGGAUAUCAAUAAUGUUCAUCGGCUUGAGUUCAGCGUAUUUCCACGCGACUUUGAGUUUACUCGGACAAUUCUUGGAUGAGCUAGGAAUACUCUGGUUGUACUGCGCCGCCUUCUGGAUAUUUUAUCCGAAGAAAAUGUUCCCAAAGAUUCUUGUAGGAAACCGCAAGAGAUUGGGACUUUUCUGUUUGGCGGUCGCAGUUUUCGGAACGGGAUUAUCAAUAGUAAAUCCGAUUUGGAAUGCGUUUGCGUUGAUGAGCCUGUGCAUUCCAUCGGUUAUAGUGUUGGCUUUGAAGAUCGCGGCAAGCGGAAAUCCUAGGGUGAAGCGAUUGGGAUUGGUUGUUUGGGUCGUGUGGAGUUUGGCGCUGAUUUGCUGGAUCAACGAUAAGGUGUUUUGCGAUGUUUGGAGGAGGAUUGGGUUUCCUUAUUUGCACGCUCUGUGGCACGCGUUCAUGGCUGUGACCUGCUGCUUCGGAUGCGUGCUCUUCUCCUACUUUCGUAUGAAGGAGGACUUUCCUGAUGGUAAAACUGUAUUGAUGUUUUGGCCGAACGAUGAAUGGGUUUUCGGACUACCGUACGCCGUUCUUAAGGAGAAGGACGAGGAAUAGAGGACAGUUUGCGGAAGAUACC